AUGCCGAGCGGUCCUGAUGGCAAUAUCAACCACCAAGGCGCAUCAACAACCAACAAUCGAUCCCCAAUUCUACCCGCCAAUGAACCUUUGAUGGCCCCACUCAAUGUAUAUUUGGCUUCCCCCAAGUUACAAAUUGCUUAUGGGAAAGUUUAUGUCGAUUACCAAACUCGCUUGUUGAGAGUCUCACGCACAGAGAUUGACUCCCAGAUCCAGCAGUGGAAAGAUUCUUCCCACAUGACCGUGCUUGAUCAGCUCCAUGCUCUAACAACCAAUGAACAACAGGCAUUGGAUGCGAUCAAUUGCGGCCAUAAUGCCCCCAAAAAUCUGUUGGCAGCUGGUAAACUUGAGUGGAUACAAUUUGGCGAGUACUUACCUGUUAAUGGCAUGGAUCAUAUCAAGGCGAGAAGCAUCACCAUUAUAAUGAGUUUGGAAGGCCAGUCCCCAACAACAGCAAAAGAAAAGCUAGAGCCAAUCGAGGAAAAGGAGGAUGCACAGUAUGGGAAGAAAUCUAACACCUGGGUCAAAGUUCAUCGCAGGCACAUCGUGCCCGACACUCUUAUUGCCUAUCGUUUACCCUUUGAAUUUGACGAGGAGGAUCCCGGAUAUAUUAUUAUCAAGCAGUGGAUACCGGAAGACUUUCAAGAGGAAUUAUUCGCCCACACCCGGAAUUUACGAGACGGAAUAUUUAUCGAACGGAAAUCCUCAGCUUCAACUAAGCUAAAGGUUGAUGAUAGGAAGAGAGAUCGAAAGUUCGGAUCCCGAUUUCUAUCACGGAUUAAAAGGGGGUUGGAAGUUGCGGGUCUCUACCGGCUCUACCGGAAGCGAAUUGAUGAGGAAGACGGAGAGUCCGACACGAGCACCUGUCCGGAAGGGGUAGAAGGAGAGGACAAUUUUGAUAGUAUCUCGAAUCUUGAACGGGACGAUAGUCGAAUCUCUGUACUCGAUUCUCGUGUCUUCGAGGAACGUCGCAGAAGUUUUCCUGAAAGGACUCGAAAUGGAGAGGGUAUAUGUGCUUCGAUGAAAGACGAGAAACCUAUUGCAGUCCCGUUGGAAUUCCAAUUGAAUGAUGGGGGCGAAGUGGGCCAGGAGGACGUGGAAGGAAUUGUGGGUGAUCUUUUGUACAAGUAUACUGCUGCAUGA